UUUCUUAUCAAAAAACAGCACAUGGCAGCACAAAGCAACAGCUCCUCUAUUCCAGUCUCUGAAUUCCUCCUCGUCUGCUUCCCUAACUUCCAGAGCUGGCAGCAAUGGCUGUCUCUGCCCCUCAGCCUCCUUUUCCUCCUGGCCAUGGGGGCCAACGUCACCCUCCUGGUCACCAUCCGGAUGGAGGCCUCUCUGCAUGAGCCCAUGUACUACCUGCUCAGCCUCCUCUCCCUGCUGGACAUCGUGCUCUGCCUCACCGUCAUGCCCAAGGUCCUGGCCAUCUUCUGGUUUGAUCACAAGUCUAUCAGCUUCUCUGGCUGCUUCCUUCAGAUGUUCAUUAUGAACAGUUUCCUGACCAUGGAGUCCUGCACCUUCAUGGUCAUGGCCUAUGAUCGCUAUGUGGCCAUCUGCCACCCACUACGGUAUCCUUCCAUCAUCACUGGACAGUUUGUGGCCAGGGCUGCCAUCUUUAUUGUGGCUCGGAAUGGCCUUCUUACUAUGCCUAUCCCCAUACUUUCUUCCCAACUGGGAUACUGCACAAGGCUCAUCAAGAAUUGCAUCUGCACCAACAUGUCUGUGUCCAGACUCUCCUGUGAUGACGUCACCUUCAAUAAACUCUAUCAGUUUGUCAUAGGUUGGACACUGUUGGGUUCUGAUCUCAUCCUUAUCAUUCUUUCUUAUUCCUUUAUCCUGAAAGCUGUGCUAAAGAUCAAGGUGGAAGGAGCCAUAGCCAAAGCUCUAGGCACUUGUUUCUCCCACUUCAUCCUCAUCCUCUUCUUCAGCACGGUUCUACUGGUCCUGGUCAUCACUAACCUGGCCAGGGAAAGAAUCCCCCCGGAUGUCCCCAUCCUGCUCAACAUCCUGCAUCACCUGAUUCCCCCAGCUCUGAACCCCAUUGUUUAUGGUGUGAGAACCAAGGAGAUCAAGCAGGGAAUCCAGAAAUUGCUGCAUAGGUUGUAG